AUAUUCCAUUAAGCUUCUCUCUGCUGAUUCACAUCUGCAUAAUGCACAUGGUAACAGGCAAACCAGACUCCUGGGUUUAAGCACCACAUACAAAUCUUCGCUGUUUCAUUACAGCAAACCUAUGCUACCAGCUACCACCACUGACUGCCACAUCAGCAAGGACUAAACCGGGGUAGAGGAGCUUCUGAUCAAGAAAUCAGAUUUUCUAGGGUCUGGAACAGUCAAUAUGUUGGAUCAGAUUCAUCUGCUGGCUGCCGUGACAGUCCUGGGAGUCCUGGAGCAAGCCUACUUCUUCCUCCAGGUCAUCUAUGCUAGGAGGGCAUUUGGCAUUUCUCCUCCAAAGAGCUCAGGCCCCCCUGAAUUUGAGAGGAUCUUUCGAGCACAGGUGAACUCCUCUGAGUAUUUUCCCAUUUUCCUGGCACUUCUGUGGCAGGCUGGCCUCUUCUUCCAUCAAGGUGUGGCUGCAGGCUUGGGUCUGCUCUAUCUCUAUGCCCGCUACUGCUACUUUAUAGGAUACAGGACAUCAUCCUCAAAGAGGCUCCCCGCAAUAUACUUUGGCACUGGAAUUCUCUGGAUUCUCAUUGCAGCAUCAGCCCUGGGCAUCAUUCAUUUCUUCCUCUCUCACUACAUGGGGCUAAAUGUCCUCCAGCUUCUCACAGUAUGAACCACCCCUCUGUACCUCAUCAGUGUCCUUGCCUUUGAGUCCUGCUCCCUCCUGCCCACAGUAAUAGACUGGCUGCAACUAAUACAGCCCCCAGGGACAAAUCCACCCUCACCUGAGUUUCCAGCACCUCCUUCCCUGAUGCCCAGCACAGCCAUGAACUGCUGAGUUCUUCAGGAGGCAUUUUUCCACCAUGGCACUCUUUGCCAGCUGCUCCAUGCCUGAUGUGGAAACAACAAUGCUCCUAAACAAGGAGAAUUUUAGGAAAACUGAACACAUGAAAGAAAAAUCAUUGAAAACUCAUCUCAGCCUAAGCUUCCCAGUGAGCUGUCCCAGGGAACUGCCAUGUGUUCUCCUUCCUCCAACAGCUUGUGCCAGUUUUCCAAGGCCCACACCUAAGAAAGGCAUUUGUUUGAAACCAGGUGUGGGCUGAGGCAUAACAAAAGAGCCAAGGGGUAAACAGGAGCAACCACCAACCUGUUGUGCGAAAGUCUGUUAGUGCCCUUGUGAUGGUUAUUAGCUGUUUCCUGUGGGCGAUAUUGUAAAUCAGACUGCGCAAACUCAUAACCACUACUGCAUGUAUAACUUUCAAUACUGC